AUGGAGCUAUACUCUCUCGUUCAGCAAGACGGUCACAUCCCUCGACUCAAAUACCGUACCUAUGACACUCUCUUCCAAAUCACUAUACGGCGCCAUCUCGCUGGCCGGUACUCCAACUCAUCGGUUCUGCGACCUCAGAUCAUCGAGAUGAUAGACGAGCGGGCAGGAGCCUUUGGGGCGAUUCUCAUCGAACGCGCUUUAGAGUCAAGAAACUCUCCGGGAUGCGUUCUUAACACUAACGAGUCUCGCAGUAACCUUGUUGCACCAUUAUCUGCCCCUACUAUCACCACUCUGGGAGGCCGUGUUCUCGAAGCUGGUCGACCUGGAACAAGGAAGCAACUUUUUGCGAAGGUUUGUGCAGAGCUCGUUGGGAACCGGAGACUACUCCGACUUCACCUUGGCACGAAAGCUUUCAGAAUCGAGCCAUGUAAGCAGGCCCCUGGCAGAAGCUGA